AUGGCUGACGAGCAGACCUUCGGGAGCGUUUCGCUCAUCGCCGGUGGGAUCACCUCGCAGGGUGCCCUGCGCUUGGGCGCCGACAAGGUUGAGUGGAAGAAGGCGGGCGGCGGGCGGUCCGUCGCGAUCGCCAAGGCUGACGUCGGGGAGGUGACCUACAGCCAGAUCCCCGGCGGGGUCACGCUCACGGUCCGGUCCAAGGGGACGGCGCCCGCGAUGCGUAUGAAGGGCUUCCGCGGCUCCGACAUGGCCACCGUCAAGGAGGCCAUGAAGGCGCUGUACGACGUGGACGUCGUCAAGCGCGAUAUGCAGGUCAUCGGGCGCAACUGGGGGCAGAUCGAGGUGGAUCAGGCUGGCGCAAUCACCUUCGACGUCGAGGGUAAGCGCCAGUUCGAGAUCUCCUCCAAGGACGUCGCCGCCGUCGCGAUGCCCACGAAGCACGAGGUCAUGCUGGAGUUUCACAUGGACGACGCCGUCAUGAACGCCAGCAAGGACGCCAUGGUCGAGAUGUCCUUCUACGUCCCGCCCACGAACAAGACGUGGGGCGUCGACGGAUGGGGCACGGACGAUCACGACCCGGACGACACCGGCGCCAAGCGCCUGUCCGACCGCCUGAUGGAGGUGUGCGACGUGGACACCGCCACCGGCGACGCCAUCGCGGAGUUCGACUCCGUCUCCCUCGUCGCGCCCCGCGGCAAGGUUGGCAUCGAGCUCUUCGCCAACCACCUGCGGCUCAACGGCAACGCGGUGGACUUUAAGAUCCAGCACUCGAGCAUCCAGCGCCUCUUCCUGCUGCCCAAGCCCACGAACGCGCAGACGUACGCCAUCCUCCACCUGGACCCGCCCAUCCGCAAGGGCCAGACCUUCUACCCGCACAUCGUCGCGGUGUUCAACGCCAACGAGGAGCUCGAGGUGGAGCCGCUCAUGGACGCGGCUCUCAAGGAGAAGCUCGGCGACGCCGUGGAGGAUUCCUACGACGGUCCCUCGUCGGAGGUUUUCAUCAGGCUGCUCAAGGCGGUGGCCGGGGUGAAGCUCACGCGGCAGGGCACUUUCGCGUCCCCGGCGGGCGGGCACGCCGUCAAGGCGAGCAACAAGGCUGAGGUGGGCCACCUCUACCCGCUGGAGAAGUCCUUCUUCUACCUCCCCAAACCACCGAUGCUCCUCCCGUACGCGGAGGUGACGGAGAUUGAGUUUGAGAGGCACGCGGGGGCGGGCCCGACGACGCAGCGCACGUUCGACAUGGCCGUCUCCAUGCGCAACGGCGCCGUGCACCAGUUCCACUCCAUCCCCAAGAGCGAGUUCCAGAACCUCGUCUCCUUCCUCACCGCCAAGAAGCUCAAGAUUGUAAACGUCGACGCUCAGGCUCGGGCGGAUGCCAUCAUCGACGGCGCCGACAGCGACAGCGAUCGCGACCACCACGCCGCGCGGCUCAAGGCUAAGGUCAAGAAGAGGGAACUCGACGAGGACGGCUUCGGCGGGAGCGAUUCCGAGGAGGACGAGGACUUUAACGCCGGUUCGGAGUCUGACGACGGCGAGCCCACGGAUUCUUCGGGCAGCGAGGGAAGCGAGUCCGAGGAGGAGGCUCGGCCGAAGAAGAAGACCAAAUCGAAGGCGAAGGCGAAGGCGAAGGCGAAGAAGGACCCGAACGAGCCGAAGCGCCCGCUGUCCGCGUUCAUGAUCUUCAGCAAGGAGACCCGCGGCGACGUGCUGGAGAAGAACCCCGACUUUGCGCUCGGCGACGUGGGCAAGGAGUUGGGCCGGCGAUGGCGCGAGAUCGACCCCGAGCUGAAGAAGGAGUUUGAGGCCAAGGCGGCGGACGCCAAGGUGGCGUACGAGGCGGCCAUGAAGGAGUACAAGGCGGGGAAGAAGGCGACGGUGGUGGACGACGACGACGAGGAGGAGGAGGAGGAGAGCGACGGCGGAUCCGACUGAGAGGUAGCACCCUCGACUUGUUAAAAACAACAACCGUCUGUCAGUU